AUGAUAAGCUUAAAUCCUAUAGCGGCUAUCAGGAUGCUAAUCGGCAAUGUAUUUACGGAAAGGCUAAUAUUGCCAAGAUCUGGCACCUCUCUAUACACAGAGCGACCACCCAGCAUGCAUGAUGUGCCUCCAUCCCGUUCAUUCCAUGCAAAACAAAGUAAUCUAAAUGAGCAUCCAACACAAGUGGCACGCCCCAAUGGUAGAAUAAGAAAAGUUCGUAAAGCAGUAGUACCAAAUCCAAGAGAUGCACAAACACAUAAAGCUGAUGAUAGUAUGAACAUGCUACCAGUCUAUAAUAGUACGCGGAAAACAGACCCUCGCGAUACUGCUUUAGCAUUAUAUAAUGAUCCAAAUAAGCUCUGGUAUCAACCAGAUGCUACUCAAGAAAGUGCGCCAACGAUAAAAGACGGAACUGUUGAUCAACAAAAUACACUUAGUAAUCAAAGCAUUCACUUGCAGGAGGACAUGCUUAGCCUUCAAUGUUGUAGUGGACAUGAGAAUAUAUUGGCACCCCAAAAUAUGACCAUCCAUGAAUAUGAUGCUCCAGAAGCACAGAAGACAGAUGUUCCCGUGCAGCUACUUGGACAUGUGCUAGACUCAAGUAAUGGUAAUUAUUUUAUAAACCAAUCAAAUGAGCUUCACAACCCAGCUUGCCAGUCUAAUGGGCAUGCUCCCGAAACUAUAGAUGCUGAGCAACAUACGGCCAUUUAUGACACCACGAAUCAAUCUAAAAUGGACGGUUUUGGCAAGUUUACACAUGAAGUAAAAGAUGCCACCGAGGAUGUCUCCAGUACAAAUAGUAGAAACAGUACCUCUUUGUUCAAUGAAACGAUUAAUGUUCUUGGGUAUGAUGUCAAUAUGGUUCUUUUGGCUGUUUCUGUAACUACUAUUUUUGCACUAAGCUUAUACUUGAUGACAGUGUACAGAAAGACAGCUAUUAGAUCAACUGAAUUGCGCUUGAAAUCAAAGCAUUUUGGAUCCUACCAAGUAUUUCGCUAUGUUUCUUCUAAAAUUGCAAGUGUUUUCAGUCCAUUUAUAAACAUGAUCAGAAACGUCUAUCUCAUGAUUUAUAUGAAAGUCUCAUCAUUGUUCACAUCCAAGAAUAUAGAGAUUGUGUACCGUAAGGGAUUGCGUAGAGGAACCAAGUAUGAUUAUGAAUUUCAAGUAGGAAACAGUUAA